AAGCCGUGCUUGUCCUCAGCGCGCGCCCACUGCUCACCACAUCACCCCCGCCCGUGCUCUGGUAUCUCGCCGCCCGGCGCUCAUGGAGGUCGCCUCGCUGCAGCACCUCGGCGACAGCUUCUCCCGCGGGUGGCUCAAGAGCGGCGCGCCGGCGCCGUCGUUCGAGCGCCUCGCUGACGCCGACCUCGGCAAUUCCUUCGGCAGCUCCAGGUCCUUCAUCGACAUGGACCCCGCCGAGCUCUUCUCCAUGCGGUGGACCACGAAGACCACCGCGACGGAGAGCGACUUCGAGUUCGGCUUGCCCGGCGGCGGCGGGGGCAGUGACCCGCCGUCCCCGGUGCUGGUCAGCGCCAGCCAGGUCAUCCGCAACAGCCGCCUCCUCCCCAGCGAGCCCGUCUGCCGCCAGGGGGCCCAAGAACAACACGGGGACCGCGUCGCCGACCUGCCCGGCGCGCCGCGGUCGUCGCCGCCCUCGUCGCCGCUGUACCGCUCGGCCCAGAGCACGCCGGCCUCCAGCGGGAGGAGCGGCGUCGCCGGCAGCAAGAACGCCGCCGCCAGGCCGCCCCCGCUCUUCGCCGCCGGAAGGCGCGGCCGGGCGUCGUCGUCGUGGAAGAUACUGGUGCAGGACCUCCGGUUCCUGAUGCCGCUGUACCGGAAGGUCAGGGCGCUCCGGCGGUUCUCGGCGCCGAGGCCCAGGGUCGCGCCGGCGAGCCCCGCGCGCGCGUCCACGUCGAGCAUGGAGUGGUGCCACGGCAAUGCCGACACGGCCGUCCGCGACGCCAUCCUCUACUGCAAGAAGUCCAGCGGACAAGAUGCAUAGCAUAGCACCGCAGGGACACAUGGUAUCCAUGACGAACUUGAUGUGAAUCCACGAGAGUGUCUGCUGCGCUGUGUCAUCUCAGCUCAAGUUCUUUGUUUGUAUCCCCUGACAUGAUGUUUUGGCACCUAUACCCAGACAGUAUUACUACAGGGAUGUAUUUAACCGUUGUGCGAAUGGCUUGAUCGUGUGUACAGUAUAAUCAAUAGACGUUCGCUCGACCCCUUUCACGACUCCACCCUUUUAAGGUCUUUGAUCGGCUAUUGGUUCGUCCAUGUGAGUUGAACUUUUUGUUGCCUCGUACGUACUGCUGGUGGGGCCAUUGAUUAAUUUGUAACACAGAUUACGGCGACUGAAAGCAUCUCAUUUUGCUGCCUCAAA